GCUGCCCUCCCUUGUUUCCGCUGCAAUCCAGACUUCCCUCCGGCGGCGGCUGGAGGCCGGGCCUCUGGGGCUUUAAGCAUACAAAAGGGAGGCCACCGGGACCUGCGAGACCAGGGGCCGCGGCGCGGGCUGAGGGCGCGGGCACCGGACCAUGAGAGGCUGAGCCACGCGACGCCCAGGCGACCCAGCCAGCGAGCCCCCUGCACGCGGGACUGCGCUGCAGCUGCGAGCUCCAGCCCCGCGGCGACGCGGCCACACGCACCGAGCCAGCGACCCCCGGGCGACGCGUGGGGCCCGGGAGCUGAAGGAUGCCGGCGCGAGGGGCCUGGGUCGCGCUCGCCCGCCCGCUGCGGGCGCUCUGCCUCCUGGGCUGCCUGCUGGGCCGCGCCGCCGCCGCGCCGUCCCCCAUCAUCAAGUUCCCCGGCGAUGUCGCCCCCAAGACGGACAAAGAGUUGGCGGUGCAAUACCUGAACACCUUCUACGGCUGCCCUAAGGAGARUUGCAACCUGUUUGUGCUGAAAGACACCCUGAAGAAGAUGCAGAAGUUCUUCGGGCUGCCCCAGACAGGCGAGCUGGACCAGAGCACCAUCGAGACCAUGCGGAAGCCGCGCUGUGGCAACCCCGACGUGGCCAACUACAACUUCUUCCCCCGAAAGCCCAAGUGGGACAAGAACCAGAUCACCUACAGGAUCAUUGGCUACACUCCUGAUCUGGACCCGGAGACGGUGGACGAUGCCUUUGCACGCGCCUUCCAGGUCUGGAGCUCCGUGACCCCGCUCCGGUUUUCUCGCAUCCAUGAUGGAGAGGCUGACAUCAUGAUCAACUUCGGCCGCUGGGAGCAUGGCGAUGGCUACCCCUUCGACGGCAAGGACGGGCUCCUGGCUCACGCCUUCGCCCCGGGCACGGGGGUCGGGGGAGACUCCCACUUUGACGACGACGAGCUGUGGACCCUGGGAGAAGGGCAAGUGGUCCGCGUCAAGUACGGGAACGCCGACGGCGAGUACUGCAAGUUCCCCUUCCUCUUCAACGGCCGCGAGUACACCAGCUGCACGGACGCGGGCCGCAGCGACGGCUUCCUCUGGUGCUCCACCACCUACAACUUCGAGAAGGACGGCAAGUACGGCUUCUGCCCCCAYGAAGCCCUGUUCACCAUGGGUGGCAACGCCGACGGACAGCCCUGCAAGUUCCCCUUCCGCUUCCAGGGCACCUCCUACAACAGCUGCACCACCGAGGGCCGCACGGACGGCUACCGCUGGUGUGGCACCACCGAGGACUACGACCGCGACAAGAAGUAUGGCUUCUGCCCUGAGACGGCCAUGUCCACUGUUGGAGGGAAUUCCGAAGGGGCCCCCUGUGUCUUCCCCUUCACCUUCCUGGGCAACAAGCACGAGAGCUGCACCAGCGCCGGCCGCAGUGACGGAAAGAUGUGGUGUGCCACCUCGGCCAACUACGACGACGACCGCAAGUGGGGCUUCUGCCCCGACCAAGGGUACAGCCUGUUCCUCGUGGCAGCUCACGAGUUCGGCCACGCCAUGGGGCUGGAGCACUCCCAGGACCCUGGGGCCCUGAUGGCCCCCAUUUACACCUACACCAAGAACUUCCGCCUGUCGCAGGACGACAUCAAGGGCAUUCAGGAACUCUACGGGGUCUCCCCUGACACUGACAUUGACACUGGYACCGGCCCCACCCCGACACUGGGACCUGUCACUCCUGAGAUCUGCAAACAGGACAUUGUCUUUGAUGGCAUCGCUCAGAUCCGUGGUGAGAUCUUCUUCUUCAAGGACCGGUUCAUCUGGCGGACAGUGAAUCCACGUGACAAGCCCAUGGGGCCCCUGCUGGUGGCCACCUUCUGGCCUGAGCUCCCGGAAAAGAUCGACGCUGUGUACGAGGCCCCGCAGGARGAGAAGGCCGUGUUCUUCGCAGGGAAUGAGUACUGGGUCUAUUCUGCCAGCACCCUGGAGCGAGGCUACCCCAAGCCGCUGACCAGCCUGGGAUUGCCCCCUGAUGUGCAGAAAGUGGACGCCGCCUUCAACUGGAGCAAGAACAAGAAGACUUACAUCUUUGCUGGAGACAAAUUCUGGAGAUACAAUGAGGUAAAGAAGAAAAUGGAUCCCGGCUUUCCCAAGCUCAUCGCCGAUGCUUGGAACGCCAUCUCGGACAACCUGGACGCCGUUGUGGACCUGCAGGGCGGUGGUCACAGCUAUUUCUUCAAGGGUGCUUAUUACCUGAAGCUGGAGAACCAAAGUCUGAAGAGCGUGAAGGUUGGAAGCAUCAAAUCCGACUGGCUGGGCUGCUGAGCUGCUCAGGCUCCGCAGRCCCUUCCUGGGGGUCCCUUCCACACACGGGGCCGAGCACCAGGGAGGGACCGAGGGGCCUGUGCCCAGGCCCUCAGCUCUGUGGCUAAUCAGCAUUCUCAUCCUCACCUGGUAAUUUAAGAGUCCAGAGAGAGCCUUCAUCCUUGCCCAAAGAAAGGUGCUGGAUUGUACCCCUCCCAGUGUCCCUUCCCUGGAGUCUCACACCCCUCAGAGCCCCCCCAGAGAGAUGCCCUGAUACUGUCCAUGCAGCCUUGCCUUGGGCUGACCUGGUGCUGCCUCACUUUGGGCUCUUCUCCCCCCACAAACGUCUGUGGCUCCCAGCAGCCUCAGAUCCAACAGAGACUGUCUUCAGAGGGCACUGGCGGCCUGACAGCCUGGCAUGGGGCCGUGGGGGUAGGGAUGUGGCCAGGUGGCCACCCUAGACACCUGGCUUCUCACUGCCGGCUGCCUUCGAACCUUCCCUACAUCAGCAGUUUGCUUUGUGUGCACUUUGUUCUUGUGAUUUUUUAUUUCCACCUUAUGGCAUUCCCGGAYACAAGGGCUCAGGUGGUCUGAAGUCACUGAGUGACACAUGCCAGCCCACCCAGCGCUGCUGGCCCAUUCAGGUCAGCCCUCCCCACCCGCAGCCUCCACUGGAUGGAGGCCAACCCAGCCUUGGCUUCCCGCUCCGCCCCUCUGCCUCCCCUUUCAACAGUUCCCCAUGGGAAGUGGUGACCAGUAUAAAUAAAGACACCAAAUGAGUG